GGGAGAAAAAGAUAAACAGAAGGAUCAUAAAUGAGAUUAAAACCCUAUUGACGCAGAUCGAGUUGUAAAUUACGUUGAUUACAAAUUCAUUAUUUCGCUAUUUGCAUCUUCAUCAUCCAUUGCAAAGUUCAGACUUCAGAGAAAGUGUUCACACCAAAGUGAGAGAGAUGCAUCUAUGGCCAUCAAUGAGAUUAAGGGACUCAUUCAAAUUGGGUUACUUGAAGAAUCUAGAAUGGAAUCUUCACAGAAUGGACAGUCAGAAGAAACGUAACAAGUCCCAGAACUGUGGAAAUAAUGAUCAGAAGCUUCUGGAUGAUGAACCAAGCAGUUCUAAUACCAGCGGUGGAGGAGGAGGGAAAUUGGUUGUGAUUUGUAGGGACUUACUCAUGAUCCUUUCUUGUUGUUACUGCUGUUUCUGCUGUGGAGCCUGUAUUGCUGAUGAAGAAGACUAAAGACAGGACAGCUAUUGGGAGAAAGAGAGUACAUUAUGGAAUUAGAAGAUGUAAAGAAAAGAUUGGAGUUUAAUGAAAAUGGUCAACUGCAAUUAAAGCUUC